AUGCGAUGCGCAAGCAAGGCCGCCGAGAGCGCGUCCGCACGUCUCUGUGCGGAAGCCGAAGCAGAAACCACAGCAACUGAUGUCUCAUCGGUUGCUGAAGCGACUCAGCCUGUGUCACUUGGUGAUACAGGCGAUGGUCAUGAAGACACUCAUGUCUUCACAGAGUACGAGCUCGGUGUCUCGUACUCUCCUGAUACGGAAGACGGAUCCGUUUUAACGGCGAUCGAAUCCAAGCCGCCUGCCAAGCGUGGCAUGGAUGAUGCUAUGCGUCGUAGCAUCUUUGGUUCAUCUGAUUCAUCAGAUGAACCAUCGCCGAAGCGAAGGCGCUCAAGGUCGCGAGACUCGGGCGCUAACAGUGGUGUCGAUUCUCCUAUUGACGCCACUUCGCAACGAGGUGCCAGUACUUCUAUCAAAACGUCGCAGAUAGAGCGGGAGCGCAGCGUGUUGCGUCUCGCUCCCGAAAAGAAAGCAUGGCUGCCUCCAAAGUCAGUCAUGGAUCGCUUGUCGGCGACGACGAGUGAUCGUUAUCGAACAUGGUUGUUCGAUUCGUUAAGGAUCCGUCACCUUGACCCCAGCGCGAAAAACUAUCGCGCUGAGAGUGAUUUCUUCACCGAUGCUUUAUUUUAA